AUGCCAACCCUUCAAGCUUCAACCGUUUUGUGUGCUACUGGUUCUAUUUCCUCCCGGUGUCAAAGACGAAACAGUACUGUAGCCGCUAUCAAUCUUCCGAGACUCCGGACAAGCACUCUCUCCCUGCCAAACCUCCCAACUAGAGGUUUGGUGAAGGAACUAGAGUUGAGAAAUGGCAAUUACCCUACAACAACCACCACUUUCAUUGAAAAACACUUCAAUUCACCUAAGAUUAGGCCUGAAACCAAUGAUUCUGAUCCCAUGAUGAUUACAAAGCUAUAUACUAUAAUGGAGGCUGUUGCGGAUAGAGUGGAGAUGCACAAGAAUAUUGGAGAGCAGAGAAACAAUUGGAACAGCCUGCUUUUAACAUCCAUCAAUGCAAUCACUCUUGCUGCUGCAACAAUGACUGGAAUUGCAGUGACGAGUGCUAACGGUGCUCCUAUGAUGGCGGUGAAGACCGCUUCUACUCUAAUGUAUUUGUCGGCAACAGGGAUGUUGUUGCUUAUGAAUAAAAUUCAACCAUCCCAACUUGUUGAAGAACAACGAAACGCUGCAAGGUUGUUCAAGCAGCUUCUUGGACAGUUUCAAACACUUAUUUCAGUUGGUAGUCCUACUAUGGCUGAUGUGAAGGAAGCAAUGGAGAAAGUUUUGGUUCUUGACAGGGCCUAUCCUCUUCCUCUACUUGUCAAAAUAAGAUCAGUUGAGAAGGUCAAUAUAGGAACUGUUAAGACCGUUCAGGCAGCCAAAAUGGAGGGCUAG